UUAAUAUGGACAAAGGCGUAAUAAAUCAUCAUUAUUUAGAUUUUAUUAGAAAUGGAUUCAUUAGUAACAUUGUUCCUUGCUAUUUUAAUUUUGGAUAUUACUAGUAGCGAAGACAAUGCAACUGUGCUGUACUACUACGGUUUAGAGGAAAGUGAGCGUGGUAUGCCUCGUUGUGGACAAGGGCAAGCGUGCUCCGCUCUAGUAGCACGUUACUGGCGUCCGCGUGCGCUACUACGGCUUUGUCGAUGCACGCGACGUCAGCGCUGCGACACACCCGCAUCCCCUGAUAGACUUAUGGAACUCAACAAUCGCGCUUAUUUACAGUUUUGCAGUCCUGUCUCAACUUGGCCGGAGUGUAACCCAAGCGAUUCUCCACUUCACGUCGAGACAUCUCACAAGAUAAUGAACCCGGACGAAAUAGAGCAAAUGCAUCAUCAGAACAUACAACUCACGCCGCCUAAAAUAACUCUUUCUUGCCGAUGUCGGUAUCCAAACUAUUGGAAGAUAAAAACUGAAGUAGACAAUAAUGCAACAUAUCAUUGUUCAUCUCUGCCCCUAUGCAAAUCGAACGACUUUUGCGGAAAUGUCGAUAAUCAUCUACUAUCUCUAUACCAAUCUUGUUUGUGCCCCAAGAAUCAUAUUUGCGUACAUAACGGCGGUGUAGCACACAUACAAAUAACUGAAUUGUUAUACCAAGGCCUUGGUUGGAAAGCUUUUUGUCAACCAAUUAGUGAUGAUUAUAGCUAUGAGGACAAUUAGGCAAUCGUUUUGGUUUUAUAUUUUAUUGUAAAGUUUAUGAUAUAAAUUUAAUGAAUUUAAUAUACCUAGUUUUCUUAUUAUGACAAGAAAUACCAGCCUUCAUACAUUCAAAGCACCGUCAUUACUGAACAUUAUGAUGCAACCCAUAGCCAUUCUCAGCAUAGUAAUGCAUGUAAACCAUUUUAUCAAUGUUUCAAGGACUAACUUUAGAAGUAACCAAGAAACUAGUAUUCUUACCGCAGUAAGAAUACCGUACUUGUACGGAUUUCAGGUUGUAGCAGUUCUAAUAUACCUUAACAAAACUAUUACGUUAUACGUUUAUAUUACGUAGUUCAACAGUAACCAUGAUGAUACUUCUAUUGUCAAAAUAAAAUAAUUGUUGAGAAUAA